AUGUCACUAUCACAAUCAACUUCAAUAGUCCUCGCUGCUUUACAAGCUCUCUAUCAUGACCCCGACGCCGCUGCAAAGAAAAAGGCCAAUGAAUGGUUGCAAGAGUUCCAACACAGCGUGGAAGCUUGGCAGACUUGUCAUGAUCUAUUGACUUCCCCAGAGACCAGCUUGGAGGGAAGAUUGUUCUCCGCGCAGACGUUACGAGCAAAGAUAGUAUAUGACCUCUCUCAACUCCCUCGAAUCCAACUGGUACCACUGCGUGACUCUAUCCUGACCUCCCUACCCGCCCUCACAUCACCCUCCGCUCCUCAAGGAUCCCGAGCCGUUGUUCUGCAAUUAUGUCUCGCUCUCGCCGAUUUAGCCAUCCAAAUGCCCGAAUGGCAAGAUCCGGCCAGACAAAUGAUCGAAAAUUAUGGAAAGGAUCCAGGGACGGUGGGAGUUUUACUUGGAUUUUUAAAGUCUUUAGUGGAAGAGGCAGGGAAUGGCAAGAUUCCACUGAACGAAGACGGCAAAGAUCAUUUAGCCAACCUCAUGUCAACUUCCGCCAAGCAAGUUCUUGACGUUUUAGUCAUGUACAUUCAAGCUCCAGGCCUCACUCCCCAGAUCCAAUCAACUAUUUUUGACACACUUCGUUCCUGGGUCGUCGGCGGAGAAUUACCCGCAUUCGAAGUCGCCACUACCCCUCUGUUCCCAGCAACCUUUGAAGCUCUCGCCUCUGAUCAAUUAUUUGACUCCGCCGUAGACGUCCUAUGUGACCUCAUCAACGAGACCCAAGAAAUACAAGACAAUGUAGAAGUCAUACAACAAAUUAUCCCUCGACUUAUCGCCCUCGGACCUCAGCUAGACAUACAUCAAGAAGAUGGAGAUCGGAUAAGAGGUUAUUGUCGGAUAUUUUGUGAAGCUGGGGAAUGCUACAAAGAUCUCAUUGCCAAACAUCCCUCAGACCUUCUCCCUCUUGUCCAAGCCAUCUCGAAAUGUGCCGCCUACCCCGAUCUCGACAUCGUCCCUAUCACUUUUCAAUUCUGGUAUCAACUCGCCACCACUCUCGGCCGACAACCAACCGACCCAGCUCUUCAACCCAUCCUCGACAUCUACUCUGAAUUACAAAAAAUCAUCAUCCGUCAUUUAUCAUUUCCUUCGGACGAUGAAGGUCAAACAUCUCAAGAAAAAGAAGAAUUCCGAUAUUUUAGACAUCGAAUGGGUGAUACACUCAAAGAUUGUUGUCAUUUACUCGGUGCACCUACUUGUCUACGUGUUUCCCUAAACCUGGUCCUUUCCGCCCUUUCCUCACCUUCACCCCAAUGGCAAGAAAUCGAGGCUCCAUUAUUCAGCAUGAGGUCAAUGGGCGCAGAGGUUGAUCCGGAUGAUGACGAAGUUUUACCUCACAUCAUGGAGCUACUUCCUCGUUUACCUGAUCAUCCAAGGAUACGUUACGCAGCCAUUCUCGUCUUGUCAAGAUAUACACAAUGGAUAGAUCGACAUCCUCAAAACCUCGAAUUUCAACUACAAUACAUUUCUUCGGGUUUCCAAAUGCCCGAAGAUGAGGUUCAAGCAGCUGCGGCUCAAGCGAUGAAAUUUAUGUGUCAGGAUUGUGGUAGUCAUCUGGUCCCGUUCUUACCACAGUUACACGACUUUGUCACUCAGAUGAGAGAUAGAUUAGAUCAGGCGGAUAUGUUAGAGGUCUGCGAGGCUAUCGGUCAUGUCAUCGAAAGAAUGGAACCUGAACAAGCUGCGGGGGUACUCCAACAAUUUUGUCAACCUUUAUUGGCCAGAGUUCAAGUCGUGGCAAUGACCACGGAAUCUGUUGGUAAACCAGAAUUGACGAAAGCCGCAGAACAAAUCGACGCUUUUCUCAACGUAGUAGGAACCCUUACACCUCUCCCACAAUCUUGUUUAUCCACGCCCACGGCAGUCUAUGCAGUUUUAGACGCCCUUCUCGCCCGACACGCCCAAAUCUAUUAUAUUUCCGAAAGAACAGGUUACGUAUUACGACGAGGCCUUACUUUUUUCCCGACCACCGCCCUCGAACCUGUCCUUCAACCAAUGUUGGAACGUAUGACGUUGGCUUUUGAACAAAGUGGUUAUCCUAGUUACGUAUGGAUCGUGGGAAAAUCAGCUGCGAAAUUCGCAAAUGCUGCUAGGGGAUCUUCACCUCAUGCUUUGGGCGUGGCUGAUUUGUUGGGUGGUGCCUUGGAAAGGGUGACUUUGCAAGUGGGAAAAAUGUUGACUAGUAAGACGGCUGUUGAGAUACCUGAUGUGAUCGAAGAUUAUCUUCACUGUUUCUUAUCUUAUCUCAAUUUUCUCCCCCCACUCACACUUUCUUCUCCCAUUUUACAUCUAUCCCUCUCUCAUACCCUCUCAGCACUCACAUGUCCAUCAACACCAAUAAUAAGCGUAGCUCUAGACGUCCUUUCUAUCUUAUCUGAAAAUCAACAUGAACCACAACUCCCUCCUAUUUUCAGACAAUACGGCAAAGCUCUUCUCGGUUUAUGUCUUACAGGAUUAUUACAGGACUUUCCGGAAGGUAGUACCAAUGCCGUUCAGAGCGUCGUUAAUGCUGUUUGUGCGGCGUCGGAGAAUGCAGAGGUGGAAAGUUGGGCUACUGAAGCGGUGGGUGGUGUGGCGGGUUGGAUGUUACCUUUGAGUGAUAAAGAGGUGUUUUUGAGGGAUUUACAUGAGUAUCUACUCCAAGGUAAAACAGGUGACAAGCUCAAAAACGCCAUUGUCCAAAUGCUUCGCGCUUCUAGAAGAGCAAAAGAGAGAGGACGUCAAGCUAGAAAGUCGUUAGGCGGAUGA